UUGGUUUACUUUGUCAUGUUGCUGGUGUUUCAUAGAAGUUUAACGAAAUAAUACUACACUUCACGAUUUUCGAGACAUUGUAUUAUAUAAGUGGGUGGCAUUAUACUGCAAAAGUGGCCCUCUUAAAAGCAAAAUUACUUUUUUUUUUUUUUUUUUGAGUCACAUGACUUUUUUUUUUUCUCUUCUCUUAAUCUAUUUUAAUUUAUAAGAUAGUCCUUCCUAGAGGCAUUCUCUAUUAGCUAGAGCCUGAGAACCCCUCAUACUUCCUCAAAUAAAUGUCCCGCUCCCCCCAUGCUCAAAACACACACACACAAAAAUCCUUUUAUCUAACGAACAGCAGUUACACUUGGACUGAAGUUCGCACCAGAAACUUCUUUCAUACUACUAUUCAUAUUUUUAUUUAUUCAAAUAUUUCCAAUGCUAUUUCAAUCAACUUAUUGUUUUAUCACAUUUCAUUGCAAAAUUUUGUCAAUUUUCAAUUGAAAUUUUUUUUCAAAAUGAUGUCUACUUUCAAUUUCGCUGAAAAUUGUUUGAGAGCUGCAAUUGUUGUUGAAGCUGAAAGUGGUUAUCGGAAUAUUUUGAGAAGAAAUGAGGUAUAAUCAGGUUUUGGUGUCGAAGAUAUCGAAAUUUUGCUACAGAUCAAAGCAUAAAGUGGCGGGAAAGCUAUUUGAGGAGGUAGAUGAUUUGGGUGUUGGAAGAAUUCCUGAUUGCCCUAAGUAUCUUGAUAAGGUCUCCGUUAUGCUGGGGUACAGUAACCUUGAUGGUUUAGUAAAUCAAAGAAUUCACAAGGAAUCAGGUUUGGCUCUUGAAGACAAGACAAAUUCCUUUGAUGUUUCCUUCACAUGCAAAAAGUUUCCAUCCAUCUGCGUUGGAAGUUUACCUCGAGUGGAACUGUAUGAUGAUUCAGCUUGGCAUUCUCAAAUGAAGACUUAUUCUCCUGCAUUAAGUUGUGAAGAAUUUCAACCUCUCUUGACAGAUGGGAAGUGGAUGGUUCCAGAAACUCCUACAGAAAUGUGCCCACCUCUUAAUUCUAGGCUUCCAGAUAAGAGUUUCUCAAGUGAAGAAACUUCUUUGUCUUCACCAUUCCAAUCUCAGUCUGAUGGUUUGGAAGAUCAGCAACUAGCUUUCUCAAGUCCUAUAGAAUCUUUAGCUCCUGUUGUGCUUGAAAAUGACAAGUUGUCUUGGUCGAUUCUUGACAAACCUAUUAGGUCUAUAAAAGGAUUGAGCAAAAGGCACUCACGUCAGCUAGAAGAAUGUGAUUUUCAUACGUUGCGCAAAUUGUUACAUCACUUUCCUCGGACCUAUGCUGAUCUUCAGAACUCACACAUGGGAAUUGAAGAUGGCCAGUACUUGAUUUUUGUUGGGAGAAUCGUGACUUCCAGGGCUGUGAAAGCCAGCUACUCCCUUUCGUUUUUGGAGGUGAUUGUGCGUGGUGAGGUUGAUCAUAUGCUGAAUGAUGAAGUUGAGCAAGAUGACACAAAAAAUGAAGGAAAGAAGAGCAUAUAUUUGCAUCUGAAGAAAUUCUUUCGUGGCACUCGUUUCACUAGUCAAGGUUUUCUUUGGUGCCUAAAGAAAAAGCAUAGAGAAGGUGAUAUUGUGUGUGUUAGUGGCAAGGUGAAAGGCACCUCUAAGGAAGACCACUAUGAAAUGAGGGAGUAUAGCUUGGAUGUGAUUGAAAACGAAGAUGAUCCAUCUGUUCCAUAGGGUAGACCAUAUCCUAUAUAUUCUUCAAAGGGUGGCCUCAAGCCUCAGUUCUUCAAGGAUAUUAUGACAAGGGCCUUGCAGUCAUUGCCUACAAAUAUUGAUCCUAUUCCUCAAGAAAUCACUAUAGACAUUGGACUUCAAGGGCUCCAUGAUGCAUAUACUGCGAUUCACCAGCCUAAGGAUUUAAAUGAUGCUGAUCUUGCACGCAGAAGGUUAAUAUUUGAUGAGUUCUUCUACCUUCAGCUGGGACGAAUGUACCAAUUGCUUGAAGGUCUUGGAUCAAGAAUAGAGAAGGAAGGAUUGCUUGAAAAAUACAGAAAUAUAGAGCAAAGUUCUAUUUUUUCUGAGGAGUGGUGUGACAUCACUAAGAGUUAUAUAGAAGCACUUCCAUAUUCUCUAACUAAAAGUCAACUAAGUGCAGUGUCGGAGAUUAUUUGGGACCUAAAGCAAGCAGUUCCCAUGAAUCGGCUGUUGCAGGGUGACGUGGGCUGUGGAAAAACAGUUGUUGCAUUUUUGGCAUGCAUGGAAGUCAUUGGUUCAGGAUAUCAGGCAGCUUACAUGGUUCCAACUGAGUUGCUCGCUAUCCAGCAUUAUGAUGAUAUAUCUAAUUUAUUAGAGAAAAUGGAGUCUGAUCGUAAACCUUCCGUUGCUCUUUUGACGGGUUCAACUUCAGUUAAACAAGCACGGAUGAUACGCAAUGAACUCCAAGCAGGGACUAUCUCUUUGGUCAUCGGAACCCAUAGUUUGAUAGCUGAAAGUGUAGAGUUUUUGGCAUUGCGACUUGCGGUGAUAGAUGAGCAACAUCGAUUUGGCGUAAUUCAGAGAGGAAGGUUCAAUAGUAAGUUAUGCUCUGCAUCUACCAUGUCUGGAAUUGGCUCAGUGGCUUUUGGUGGUACCCAGAAAAGUGAGAUCCAGAUGGCACCUCAUAUUCUUGCAAUGUCGGCUACCCCAAUUCCAAGGAGUCUUGCCUUUGUUCUCUAUGGAGAUGUGUCCCUAACACAGAUAACAGGUAUGCCUCCUGGAAGAUUACCUAUUGAGACACGUAUUGUUGAAGGAGACAAGAAAGGUAUUGAUACGGUUUACAAGAUGAUGCACCGUGAACUGGAAGGAGGAGGAAAAGUUUAUGUUGUAUACCCAAUCAUUGAGCAGUCUGAGAACCUUCCGCAACUUCGAGCUGCUUCAGGAGAAUUUGACACUAUAUGUUCCCAAUUCCCUAAUUAUAGCUGUGGGUUACUGCAUGGAAGAAUGAAGUGUGAUGAAAAGGAUAAAGCAUUAAGAUGUUUCAGAGAUGGAGAAACACAGAUUCUACUUUCUACUCAAGUUAUAGAGACAGGGAUUGAUGUGCCAGAUGCAUCCAUGAUGGUCGUCAUGAAUGCUGAAAGAUUUGGAAUGGCACAGUUGCACCAACUUCGAGGUCGAGUUGGACGUGGUGCUAGGAAAUCCACAUGUGUACUUGUUGCAUCAGCUGCAAGUAGUUUGAGUCGCUUGAUGGUGUUGGAGCAGUCGGCAGAUGGAUUUCACCUGGCAAAAGUUGACCUUUUUCUACGUGGACCUGGGGACUUGCUUGGAAAGAAGCAGUCAGGACAUCUUCCUGAUUUUCCGAUUACUAGACUGGAAAUUGAUGGAUCUAUAAUUCAAGACGCUCACGUUGCUGCUCUGAAAAUAUUAAGCGCCUCUCAUAAUCUGGAGCAAUACCCUGAGCUUAAAGCUGAGCUUAGUAUCAGACAACCCCUUUCUAUCCUAGGUGAUUAAGGUGCAUAUAAUUUAGUUUGUAUUUAUGUAUAUGAUAUUUUCAAAAGAUUAAACAAAUGUAACACUGUAUCUUUCAGGUAGAACAUUUUUUGCUCCUUCAGAAGUAGGCUGAAUAGGGAUUUUUUUUUUUUUUUUUUUUUUUUUUUUUUUUUUUUUUUUUUUUUUUUUGGCUCAUUAGCUGUUUUAUAUGAUGAUACUGAAGGGUUCAUCUAUAUCGCAACUGACUCGCAUGUAUAUAGUCAGACCUUUUUACCUGUUGCAUAUAAAUUUUUAUUAAAGGUAACAAGUAGAAUGUGACGAAAUAUUAGAUCCUAAUCUAGUUUGUGUAGUGUUUGCCUCAUCAACAACUUGGAUAUCUAAUUUAGUUUCUUUAUUUUUCUCUCUUGAAA